GGCUUGUUCGAGUUGCGGCUAUGGGUCGAGUCAAGCACCAGGAGCCCGAGGAAGCGCCGGAGACCGAAGCAACAACCCCAGAACGGUCGUACCACGAGCUGGUCGCAAACGUAAAUGCUAUUGCGCGGCCGUUAGCCUCUCGGAAGCUCACACGCAAACUCUACAAGUGCAUCAAAAAAGCAUCGAAGUUGAAACAGAUUCGGCGAGGGGUGAAAGAGGUCCAGAAAUUCAUCAACAAAGGCGAAAAAGGAAUCACAGUUCUUGCAGGAGAUACAUUGCCUAUUGAUGUUUAUUGCCACAUCCCCAUCAUGUGUGAAGACAGGAGUCUUCCCUAUGUAUAUAUUCCAUCUAAAACGGAUUUGGGAGCAGCAGCAGGCUCAAAACGCCCAACCUGCGUUAUCAUGAUAAAGGCUCAUGAGGACUAUCAAGAAGCUUACAAUGAGUGCUUGGAGGAAGUGGAGGCUCUUCCCCUUCCUUUGUGAAGAACAUUGAUAACGAAUGCUAUUAAGACUCCAAGAUAUAUGAUAUACUGGAUUCUAUAGGCUUUGUGUGGUUAAAUAUGUUUCAUGCCAGUUUGAUAUGACAGUUGGCCUGGAUUGUUACACUGAGGAAUAGAUCAAGUGACUUAUUGGAACCAUGGCAGCUAUGCUGUAAUCUAUUUUUGAAGAAUUUUGGUUGAAAUUCUUGCUGGAAAUGUGUGUUAAAAUGUUGUCCGAUGUUCAGCUCUAAAAGAAUUCUAGACCAUUAGCAUAGAGGAAUUGUUAAAUAAUAAAAUGUUUAUAGAUA